CUGACGCUGGCUGCGACGAGGCAGCGGAGCAUCAACCAAGUGCCUUACCCCCACCCCAUCCGCCGUUCGACCGUUAAGUCGUGGAGCGCUCCACGUGACGUAAGACUAUUUAUAUCGUUACGUAUUGGGGUGUUGAAAACCUUUGCCGUAAGAUCGGUUCUUCACUCUUUUGGGGGUCAGAAUCGACUGCGACUUCGUCUCCGACUUCGGUGCUCUGCCACUGCCACUGCCACUGCCGCUGCCUUUGUGCUUUUGGCUUUGCUUUUGCGAAUGCGUUUACAUGGCGGCCAAAAGCGAAUCGGGCCGGCGCUCAUUCAUUCGAUUCAUGGCGAUUCAUUCAAUGGUCAGCUGCGUGACUGUGUGGCAGCGACGGCUCGGCGGCUCCAACACACAAUCUCUCUCUAUCUCCCUUCCGGCACGGUACUAGGCUCUCGACCCGGACCCAGACACCGGACACCGACACGGACCCAAAACCCGGACGGGGACCUCGCUACGGUCGUAAAGUGUGCGAAUCCCGGCUAAACGAAAUGUGUGUUUUAUUCGAGAACUGGCUGUGAAUAGCGAUAGCGAAUAUUGAAAGGAUAUUUUUAAAUACAAUUUUAAUAAUAACUGGAAAUGUUCGAAUUCGAAUACGAAAAAUCUCCAUUAUAACGCUAGCAAAUGCCCCAAAAUAAAAACCAAAACUGUGUAUGCUAUUGAGAUCCCUAAAACACCGGAAAAUCAAAACACUGCAAGAGGAAAACUCAGCUUGAAAAUGCUUCUGAGCAAUCAGCCGGCAAAUACACAGCCCCCACAGACGCCGCCUCCGACGUCGUUGUCUUCGUCGUCAUCCCAGAACUUCAAGUCCAAGCUUCAGCAACAAAUUGCCACAGCGGCUGUGGCAGCAGCCGCAGCGGCAGCCACCACAAACCUCGCUAACGGCAGCGCCACUCAUCAUCAUCACCAUCAUAAUCAUCAUCCGCUGAACCACCAUCAUCAUCCGCAUCAUCAGCAUCAGCACAACAUUUCCUUUGCCACGGAUUUCUCAAUUGCCGCGAUUAUGGCGCGCGGCGGAAACGCCCCAAGCAGCCGCGAGCCAUCCGAAAGGAGUCUGAGUCCAUUGUCUGUGGAGCAGUAUUCGGGCCAGGAUGUGGACGAUGAUGUUGACGUUGAUGUGGUUGACUUCAGUGACUCUGAAUCGCCGACGGCGCUGGCUGCCACAAAUGCAACGGCAGCAGCAGCCGCAGCGGCGGCGGCAGCAGCAGUUCAGGCCCAGCAACAAGCGCGUCAGGCAUUGCGUGUUGCACAGCAACAACAGCAACAGCAACAGCAACAAAGGCAACAGACACAUCACCAUGCAACAGCAAACAAGCAACAACGCCAACAUCACAAUCAUCAUCACAACAGCAACAGCAACAGCAACAGCCACAACAACAGCAAUCACAGCAAAUCAAGCAGCCAUCGAGGGCGUGCUUCAACCGCCACACCAAAUGCUGCCGCUGCUGGAGCUGGAUCUAGUGGUGGUGGUGGCUCCACUGCCACGGCCACGCCCUCGCCUCCACCGCCAGCCCAGAGUCCCGAAGACGAACGCCUGUCGCCAGAGGAGCCCGCGCAGGUAACCAAAAGCAACAAACAGCCCACGCCCAAGAUACUCGGCUCGUGCAAUUGCGACGAUCUCACGCCAAUCCAGUGCCACCUAGAGACCAAGGAGCUCUGGGAUAAAUUCCAUGAAUUGGGCACCGAAAUGAUCAUUACCAAAUCGGGCAGGCGCAUGUUCCCCACGGUGCGUGUGAGCUUCUCGGGUCCAUUGCGGCAGAUCCAGCCCCCGGAUCGGUAUGCCGUCCUGCUGGACAUUGUGCCCCUGGACUCGCGGCGUUAUCGCUAUGCCUACCAUCGCAGCUCCUGGCUGGUGGCGGGCAAGGCGGAUCCACCGCCACCGGCCCGCAUCUACUGCCAUCCGGAUUGCCCCAUCAGCCCGGAGGCGUUGCGCAAACAGGUCGUCUCCUUCGAGAAGGUGAAGUUGACAAAUAACGAAAUGGAUAAGAGCGGACAGGUCGUGCUGAACUCAAUGCAUCGCUAUCAGCCACGGAUCCACUUGGUGCGGAUGAGCCAUGGCCAGAGCAUACCCGGCAAUCCCAAGGAGCUGCAGGAUAUGGAUCAUAAAACCUUCGUUUUCCCGGAGACCGUGUUCACGGCCGUGACGGCCUAUCAGAAUCAAUUGAUUACGAAACUCAAAAUCGAUUCGAAUCCGUUUGCAAAAGGAUUUCGCGAUUCGUCGCGUCUCACUGACUUUGAUAGAGAUCCGAUGGAUGCGUUCUUCUUCGACCAGCACAUGCGAGCCGCACCACUGCGCUUCUUUCCGGAUCCGCUGAUGUCGCAGCUCACCCCACAAGAGGCGGACGCCGCCUCGCUGGCCCUCCUGGAGAAGGCCCGCCAGCACCUGCAGAUGUUCGGCCGCUCGCCGUACACCGAGAUGCUGCUACCCCAUCUGUACCAGCGUCAGGCUCCACCACAAGCCUCGCAUCUCAGCGCCUUCCAGCUGGGCAUGUGGCAGCAGCAGUGGCCCCAGCUGACGGCGGGAUUCCUGGCCAGUGCCAAUCAACAGGCGGCCUUUGCGGCAGCCGCAGCAGCAGCAGCGGGCGCCAAUCGCACACCGCCCCCACCUGUUGCAACGGCAGCACCGCCUGCUCCAGCCACACCCACAUCCUCGUGCGGCUCGGCGUCGCCGGAUCUGCGGGCGAGGCCACAGAUGAGUCACUAUCCGCAGCGCUUCAGUCCGUAUCAGGUGCCGCAGCAUCAGGCCUCUCCGCCAGCCUCCACAAGAGCGGAGAGUCCUUAAGAGAGUCCCACCCCAAAGGCAGAACCCACAACCCAGAAGAAUUCCCUGAAAAAUAUCUAUGAAAUGUAUGUGCAAUGUUGUUGAAAACCUUUGUAAAUAACCCAAAAACCUGUUGCUGCAACAUCCAAAGAGAAUACAAGAGACAGAGAGAAAAAAUGAGAGAGAGAGUGUGAACGAUGUUGCAUGUGAUGCUGAAGAGAGAGAGAGAGAGAGAGAUCGUGAAUGAUGAACCGUUGAAAGUGUGACCAGCGCUGAGGGUGAAUGUGAGUCAAGGACAGCGGAAACGGUUUCACUCUAUUGUAAUUUUCUGUAGAAUUAUAGCAGUAUUAGUUAAUUUAAUUACGCGUAGGCCUAGCAUCGAUCCCAUGCCCCUGUGUGCUCUCUGUGUAUUGUAAUUUUAUUUAUCCACUUUCGUUGUUGUCCAUGUGUUCCUAUAACUGCAAUUAUUGUGAAAAUUCCACGCUGAAUUAAACCCUUUAGACACUCCCCCCAAUUCCCCCAAUCCCCCACAUUGAAAAUGCAAAAUCCAAGUACUAUAAACACUUAUUUAAAUGAUGUGCAAAGAGAGAGAAACUGAAUAAACAAUUUAUAACACAAAA